AUGCUAUUGAAGCGCCAACCGCCCAAGGCACUAGCUCAGGCGCUUGUGCUCCUACUAUGGGGCAUCGUCCCACUCUCUUGGGUGUAUGUGAUUGCCUACAUUGCCAUCCGUUCGUACUUCGUGCGUGAUGCAAGUGAACUCUGGCGCUUGAUCACAUCAGGUCGACUGCCAUGGCAGGUUGCGCAUCGCCGUCGUCUUGUGCGUUGGCUGAGCCAGCGAGGCCUGUUUUGUUACGCUCUGCUGGAGUCGUCGUUCUCGAUUUACUACCGACUCCUCGCACGAAAAAUCCAGGGCCGGGCCGGCUCGCACACAGCGACGCGGGAGUUUGUCGUUCGUGCCGUGACCACUGGUGUGUCUGAUGGGCUCGAAGAUAUAGUGCCACACCUGGAGCAAUCGAAGGACAAGGCCAAGCUACCUACUGUCAAGGCGCCACUGGCGUUCGACGAUCCACGAGCGGUCGAGUUCCGUCAUGAAAUGGCCGGCUGGUUCCUGGGUGUGCGCCCAGAGCACAUUUCGCUGCAUGAUGUGCAAGACUGGCUGUCCUGGUCGCUCUUUGGAAAGUACUAUGAAGAAGUGAUCGCGGAAGACUCCAAUGCGCAUGACAUGAAAAAGUUCCUGGCCGGCGCUGUGGACUUGUUUGCCGCGCGACGUGGUCUGCCUUUCCCCGAGAAGGUUGACUUGACGCCAAAGGAGCGUCGAAACAAGCGCGUCAUGCUACUUACGCUGGAUCCUGUGCAUGUGAACUCGCGGCCGCUGGCCAUGUAUGUCGGCACCUUCCUUAUGAAUCGCGUGUCACAGGCGUACUUUUCUGUGCUGGGCAUGCAUCGGUAUGAAGUGGAUGGAUACUCGUACCUGAUAUACAUGCCAGCUGGAUGGACGCCCGAUGCGGCUGCACGGGGGGAGGCACCACGCCCUGCGCUCUUCCUGCAUGGCCUUGGCUUGGGUGUCGUGCAGUACAUUACGGCCGUCCAGGCGUUGGUCGCCCCAGGUGGUCGCCCGGCUAUGCGCCCUUUGUUGGUGCCUUUGCAGCCCUGGGUUUCGUAUGAAUUCUUCUCGAAGCGUUUCCUCCGCCCGUGGAAGUACCAUGAGGCCUCGACAUCCAUUCGGCACAUGCUAGAGCGUCAUCGGCUGGACAAGUGUGGCGUGAAUGUGCUGUCGCACAGCAUGGGCACCAUUGUCCACACAUGGCUCAUGCGUGCCUGGCCGGAACUGAUUCAUCGGUCCCUGUUUGUGGACCCUGUGUGCUUCCAGUUGUGGGCGCCUCACAUUUGCUACCGCUUCUUGUACAAGCCCACCGACUCGUUUGUGGAGUACGUUUUGCGCUACUUUGUCGCCCGUGAAUUGGGCACAGCGAAUGUGCUGAUGCGGCACUUUGACUGGUCCGCCAAUGUGCUGCUGGCCGAUGAUUUGCCUGAACGCAGCGAUCCAUCGCACUUGCGUAUCUAUCUGGCUGGCGCAGAUACGGUCGUGAAGGCCAGUAGUGUCAUCAAGUUUUUGAAGCGCAGUGGCUUCGAAGAGCGGAUUGAAUACGAGCCUGAUUUCCAUCAUGGCGAAUUUAUAUUAGGACCGAAAAACAUGAUGGGCAAGAUUGUACAGGCGUUGGAUCAGUACAGCCCUAUGUAA